AUGGAAGAACAUGGCAUACAACAGAAGCUAGAGGAACAUCUGGUGAAGCUUCUCGACCUGGAAGAGCAGGUGAAAGAUGCACAGAAGCGCAGAGGAAAUCGGACCAAAGCUGAGAUGGACAAAUUUCUAACAUUGCCAUCUUCAAUUGUCUCACUCGAAAAGGCAGUGGCUGAUAUCACUUUGGAGUUGGGAACACCUGAGUUCAAUCGCCUUCGGGAGGCUACUGCGGAGGCACUGAUACGCGUGCGGUUGGCAAAGAUGAAGCUAUAUGAGGCUAAGGUGGGAAUAGUAGAAGCUCAAAAAAAGUGGGAUAAGGGUGGUCAAGGCAAGUGUGUUUAG